AUGACCGCACACGCCCUUGCAAGCAACACAAUCCCCGAAGCCACGAAGCCAAUCAUGAGCUCAACCGUCACACCAGUGGACACCGCAGUCGAUCCCGUCACCGACGACUACACCAUCCGGCCCAUGCGCCGCUCAGACUACAACCGCGGCUACCUGGACGUGUUGCGCGUGCUGACAACCGUUGGCGAAAUUACUGAGGAAGCGUGGAACCAGCGGUACGAUUGGAUCACCUCGCGCAAUGAUGAGUACUACAUGCUCGUAAUCUGCGAUGGUGCGGACCGAGUCGUCGGAACUGGCAGUCUGAUCGUUGAGCGCAAGUUCAUUCAUUCGCUCGGUAUGGUUGGUCACAUUGAAGACAUUGCCGUUGAGAAGAACCAGCAGGGCAAGAAGCUUGGCUUGAGAAUUAUCCAGGCUUUGGAUUUUGUUGCUGCUCAGGUUGGCUGCUACAAGAGCAUUCUUGACUGCUCCGAAGUCAAUGAGGGUUUCUAUGUCAAGUGUGGCUUCAAGCGCGCUGGCCUCGAGAUGGCGCAUUAUUACUGA